AGGUCCAGCCUGUAUAAUUUGACUUCACAGCUUCUUGAGAAAAGGACAAAGGCAGAUCCCCUUUCUUUCUCCUCUCUGGUUCGGCGGAAAGUAAGGAAAAAUAGGAGAUAUCUCUCUCUUCCCAUCUUAAUCGCUCCAUCUACAAAUGAUGGCGGAUCCUCUUGGGUUUUGCAGGCGCGGCUUCAUGGUUGCGGCCGUUGGGUGGAGACCGGACAGGAGGCGGCGCCCGUCGCCGGACUAUCCGAGGGAGGAGAAGUAGGGUGGCCGGAUCUGUGGUUUUGUUUGAGAGAUCUGAACAGGGGAGAGGAGAGGAUGAGCGAAGGCCUGGGCCGACGGCGGUGGAAAUUUGUGGUAGAAAGAUAGUCGAGUAAGGGGGGUGAGAUUUGAGCUUUGGCCUUGCUGAGAUUCGAGCAGCGGCGGAUCUCGGAAGGCUGAUUCGCUGGCUCCCAACGGUGGUGGAGGCGGCGAAGUCGGACGGCGAAGAUGGAUUAGGGGCUGUGGUCGGAGACGCCGCCUCUUGCCGGAUAAUCGGAGAGGAAGAAAGUGAUCUAGGGUUCAGAAAGCUCCUUAUCUGCCGAAUUUGGAAAUUAAGGUGCGGGGUUGGCGCCUUUGUUCAAUAGGCGGUGGUGGUAAUUGUAUCGAGAGGGGUGAGGCGAUUUCGCCGAUGGUCUGAACCGGAACGGGUAGCUUCUUCUCUCUAUCUUUGCUCGAUUCGAGAAGAUGGGGCCUUUCGGCGGCGCGCACCUGUGAGGGAUAAAAGAGGAUGAGAUGGGCCGUGACGUCUGCGAUUCAAUGCUCUCAGGCGGCGGCGUGGUAGUUGUGCUGGCGGCUGAUUUUCCAGCUGGUGGGCGAGCUUCCGGCUGACAUUUUGAGGCCAUACUUGAAUUUCCAGCCGUUGGAGGGGCAGCGUCACGGUGGUAAGGUAUCGUCGGCGCAGAAGCUUUCAACUGAUUUUAUGAGCUUUUAAUCGUUGAAGAUGCUUCCAUGUUCUCAAGGACCUGGCAGAUGGAAGAGAGGCUAAGUUCCCUUGAAUCCCCAACAUAUUCCGCCCACAGAAGAGACGCUUUAACGUUCGACGCUGCCGCAUCUCCUACGGUGCUGUCAAGACCGGCGUCCUUUAUUUGACGUCGUGGAAGUUCUAAGGGGGAGAGUUUUUAGCAGGGAAGACGCAAGAGAGAGGCCAUUGUGAAGGUUCGGAGCUUUUUUCGGGAGGGAUUAGCUUCGAGAAAGGGAAGAAGGGCAGAGAACAAGAACAGACGAGGCCUAAAAGGUGUUUCCGGACAUGUCUGCCCGUUUUGUGUCGAGUGGGUCGAGUAAUGAGAAUUCUAGAUCGUCGGAUGAUGACACGGGCUGUCUAGAUACUGUAAAUGACGUGCCAAGGAAUAGGCCCCGAGCCGGGUAUGAUAUGGUUACGUUUGAUUAUGGGAUUGGUGAAAAUUUUUCUGGACCGCUUGAAGGAAGUAUUCCUGCAUACAAGCUGGAAGACGGGGGCCCGAAAUCCGUUAUAACUUUUGACAAGUUGGAUGAACUCCGUGCUGCCUAUGCUAUUCCUUCUUGUGCCAGUCUGGCUGCCCCAUCCGAUUCAGAAAGGCCAGAUUGGUUAUAUCCAGGAUGGACGGUCCUAUAUGAGUGUUUUCUUCAGAUGGGGGCCCGUUUUCCUCUUCCUCGACUUGUGUUCGAGGCUUGCACUCACUACCGCAUUGCCCCAGGUCAAUUGGUUCCGAAUGUGUGGCGUACUCUCAUGGCCAUUCAGGUUUUUAGCGAGCUGAGGGGGGUUCACUUCAGUUUUUCUGAAGUUUUGCAGGCUUACAGUCUGGAGACGCAUAGGAUUGAUAAUGUUCGAUAUCAAUUUAAGGCCAACCGUCCGCUGGUGCUAUCUCUUCCAGAUAGCGCCAAGAAAUGGCGUUCUAGAUACUUUUUCAUAUCCAAUAACGCAUUAGGAGAGCCGCGUGAUUCGAUUAUUCCACAGGCGUGGGAAGCUUGUACUUGUCCAAGGAGGGGGCCUACCGGCUUGGCUUUCGAUAGUGCUAGCAAGAUCGAUUGGUUUUUAGGUUUUAGUGAAAAGGAUCGCCAUUGCUGUAACAUUUUGACUGAGGCCAACUUGCGAGUUAGCUCUUUGUGGAGCCACGUGCCCGCAGAUCACAGGAUGUCGAAGUCAUAUGUUCCACCUCUGCUUGGGAAGGGCGCUGCAAUGGACGUGAUCCGUAGGAAUAGACAGAAGGCUGCUAGCUCGAGCGGUGCGGUUACAGCUGAUGUUACUGCAGCACGUGUCCCACAUUUGACCCGUGUUCCGGCUCACAAGAAAAAGCGGUCUGCUGAGGUUGACCUCACUUUGUCCGACCAGGUGGGCGAUGAUUCUGUCAACCUGUCAUUUCCGAACGUAUCGGCGCAUGCCCGGCUUGGACCUGUUCGAGGGGUGGCCGAACAACUAUUACUCCCACGUGACCGAGAUUAUUUGAAGGAGAUGGGGAGUGGCAGCGUGGCUAGUGAGCUCUUCGAUCAUGCCUUCUGA